AUGAGAGCUGAUUUGAAAUCUGUAACGGCACUCUGUACCGUACUCGCCGUCGUUAUCUUGCUUUUCCGUGGCGUUACGGCGGUGGAGGAGGAUGGGACCGAGUUUCACGGCGACUACUCGAAGCUAUCUGGUAUAAUCAUUCCGGGAUUCGCGUCGACGCAGCUGAGAGCGUGGUCGAUGCUCGACUGUCCAUACACUCCGUUAGACUUCAAUCCUCUCGACCUCGUUUGGUUAGACACCACUAAGCUUCUCUCAGCUGUAAACUGCUGGUUUAAGUGUAUGGUGUUGGAUCCUUAUAAUCAAACGGAUCAUCCCGAGUGUAAGUCACGCCCUGACAGUGGUCUUUCAGCGAUCACGGAAUUGGAUCCAGGCUACAUAACAGGUCCUCUUUCUACUGUAUGGAAAGAAUGGCUUAAGUGGUGUGUUGAGUUUGGCAUUGAGGCUAAUGCAAUCGUCGCUGUCCCGUACGAUUGGAGAUUGUCACCAACCAAAUUGGAAGAGCGUGAUCUCUACUUUCACAAGCUCAAGUUGACUUUUGAAACUGCUUUGAAGCUCCGUGGCGGUCCUUCUAUAGUUUUUGCACAUUCUAUGGGUAAUAAUGUCUUCAGAUACUUUCUGGAAUGGCUGAGGCUAGAAAUUGCACCAAAACAAUACUUGGGGUGGCUUGAUCAGCAUAUUCAUGCUUAUUUCGCUGUUGGAGCUCCUCUUCUUGGCUCAGUUGAUGCAAUCAAAUCUACUCUAUCUGGUGUAACGUUUGGCCUUCCUAUUUCUGAGGGAACUGCUCGAUUGUUGUCCAAUUCUUUCGCUUCGUCGUUGUGGCUUAUGCCAUUUUCAAAGAACUGCAAGGGUGAUAAUACGUUCUGGAAGCAUUUUUCUGGUGGUGCUGCAAAGAAAGAUAAGCGUGUAUACCACUGUACUGAGGAGGAAUAUGAAUCACAAUAUUCGGGGUGGCCGACGAAUAUCAUCAACAUUGAAAUUCCUUCCACUAACAGCAGUGAUGCGUAUCCGUCAGUUACAGAAGCAGUUCAAGCCAACAUGACCAACAUGGAAUGUGGUCUUCCCACUCUAUUGUCUUUCACAGCCCGUGAACUGGCAGAUGGGUCUCUUUUCGAAGCAAUUAAAGACUAUGACCCGGAUAGCAAGAGGAUGUUACACCAGUUAAAGAAGUUGUAUCAUGAUGACCCUGUUAUGAAUCCUCUGACUCCUUGGGAGAGACCACCUAUAAAAAAUGUGUUUUGCAUAUAUGGUACUCAUCUAAAGACAGAGGUUGGUUAUUACUUUGCCCCAAGUGGCAAACCUUACCCUGAUAAUUGGAUCAUUACGGAUAUCAUUUACGAAACUGAAGGUUCCCUCGUAUCAAGGUCUGGAACUGUAGUUGAUGGGAACGCUGGACCUAUAGCUGGGGAUGAGACGGUACCUUAUCAUUCACUCUCUUGGUGCAAGAACUGGCUCGGACCUAAAGUCAACGUAACAAUGGCUCCCCAGCCAGAACACGAUGGAAGUGAUGUACAUGUGGAAUUAGAUGUUGAACAUGAGCAUGGGUCAGACAUCAUAGUGAACAUGACAAAAGCACCGAGGGUUAAGUACAUAACCUUCUAUGAAGACUCUGAGAGCAUUCCAGGAAAGAGGACUGCAGUGUGGGAGCUUGAUAAAACAAAUCACAGGAACAUUGUUAGAUCCCCGGUUCUAAUGCGGGAGUUAUGGCUUCAGAUGUGGCAUGACAUUCAGCCUGGUGCAACGUCCAAGUUUGUCACUAAAGGUAACACAAAUAUUAUUGGCUAUUCUAUUGCUUUUGGGUUUGAACAUAAAUACCGUGUUUCACAGCCAAACGCGGGCCACUUAGAGAUGCGGAUUGCUACUGGGAUUACGGGAAAGCCUGCUGUGCUUGGCAAGAAUACUGUGAAUACAGGUUCCCACUGUACUCUUUCAUCCGAAGUUUCAUAA